CCUUCUCUUCAACACAAAACAACACUUCAUCACAGAGAGAGAGAGAGAGAGAGAGAGAGAGAGAGAGAAAGAAAGAGAAUGAGAGAAGAAGGAGUAAGAGAAGAUGAAUCUGGUGUUAGUUUGUUUGAGACAAAGGAAGCAAGAUUCCGAGGAUUGUACAAGGUAUUCGCAGCAACAAUAUUUGGCGCUAUUUGUUUGAUCUGGGUUUACAGAGUGGUGAACAUGGGAAGAAUCGAAAGAGGAAGAUGGUGUUGGAUGAGUGUUAUGGUCUCUGAGUUUGGUUUUGGAUUCUACUGGAUCAUCACUCAAUCUGUUCGAUGGAGAAUACUCUACCACACUCCUUUCAAACACAUCCUCUUAAACAGAUACGGUGAGGAGAAUUUACCAGCGGUGGACAUUUUUGUAUGCACGGCGGAUCCAAAACUGGAGCCUCCAUGCAUGGUGAUGAACACAGUGUUAUCAGCAAUGGCAUACAAUUAUCCUGCAAAUAAAUUGAACGUGUAUCUCUCUGACGAUGGAGGCUCUGAGUUAACAUUCUAUGCCCUCUUUAAGGCCUCCAUUUUCUCCAAACAUUGGUUACCCUUUUGUAGAAGAUUCAAUGUUGAACCUAGGUCCCCAGAAAUCUUCUUUGCUCAACCCCAAAAUUCCAGCACUAGCACCGAGUAUCACAAAGCAUGCUUACAUAUCAAGAAAUUGUACGAGGAAAUGAAAAGUGAGAUUGAAUCAGCCGUAGCAAAGGGAGAGCUUCCGGAGAAUGUGAGGAAUGAACACAGAGGAUUCUCAGAAUGGAACCCAAAAACGACAAAGCAGGAUCACCAGUCUAUCGUGCAGAUUAUAGUGGAUGGAACAGACAGAAAUAGUGUGGAUGAAGAUGGAUUUGUACUUCCAACAGUGGUAUACGUGGCACGAGAGAAACGACCCAACCAUCCUCAUCACUUCAAAGCUGGUGCUGUUAAUGCACUGAUAAGAGUAUCAUCCGAAAUAAGCAACGCCCCAUUCAUUCUCAACCUGGACUGUGACAUGUACUCCAAUAAUGCAGACACAAUUCAAGAAAUACUAUGUUUUUUCCUCGACGAGACAAAAGGACAAGACAUCGCAUAUGUACAAUUUCCACAAAGCUACAAUAACAUCACCAAAAAUGACCACUAUGGAAAUUCUUAUCUUGUAAGCGCUAAGUAUGAGUUAGCUGGCAUAUGCGGAUUUGGAGCAGCCUUGUUCUGUGGAACAGGAUGCUUACAUCGAAGAGAAAGUCUUUCAGGAUCUCACUUGAAAGAUUACAAGGUAAACUGGGAGAAGAAGCCUAAAAGAAACAAUGACAGAACAAUUGAUGAAGUGAAUGAAGCAUCAAAGGCUCUUGCAACUUGCACCUAUGAGGAGGGGACACAAUGGGGGAAGGAGAUGGGAUUAGUGUAUGGUAUUCCUGUAGAAGACAUUGCAACUGGCCUUGUAAUCUCGUGUAGGGGUUGGAAAUCUAUUCAUUACAACCCAGAAAGAAAGGCAUUUGUGGGUAUAGCUCCAACAACCUUGGAUGUAGCGUGUCUUCAGCAUAUGAGGUGGUCGGAAGGCAUGUUCCAAGUUUUCUUCUCCAAGUAUUGCCCUUUCAUUUAUGGGCAUGGGAAGAUACACUUGGGUGUUCAAAUGGGAUAUUGCAAUUACCUCUUGUGGGCUCCUAUGUCCUUGCCCACUCUUUGUUAUGCCAUUGUUCUUCCCAUUUCCUUGUUUCAUGGCAUUCCGUUGUUCCCAAAGCUUUCAAGCAUCUGGGUCAUUCCAUUUGCGUAUGCAUUUCUUGCUACCUAUGGCUAUAGCUUGUGUGAGUAUUUGAGUUGUGGAUCCACGAUAAAGGGGUGGUGGAAUUUGCAGAGGAUAAAGUUCAUCCACAGAGUCACCUCUUAUCUCUUUGGUUUCAUCGACACCAUGAGGAAGCAACUAGGAUUGUCACAGACAAACUUUGUGAUCACUGAUAAAGUGGUAACUGAGGAUGUUCGGAAUAGAUACGAGCAAGGAAUCAUUGAGUUUGGAGGCUCCUCAAUCAUGUUGACCAUAUUAGCAACAGUGGCUUUGCUGAACCUUUUUGGUGUGGUUGGAGGAAUCACGAGGGUUGUAAUGGCAGAAUUGAGGUGGAGCCAAUUGAUGGUGCAGAUCACAGUGAGUUUAUUGGUGGUGAUGAUGAAUUUAGCGGUAUAUGAAGCACUUUUCAUUCGUACUGAUAAAGGCUGCAUAUCAUCCUCGAUUAUGCUCAAGUCCAUUGUCGUGGCUUCUUUAGCAUGUUACCUAGGAGCUUUCAUUUGCUAGUGUCAAAGAGUCAAAGUGCAAUGAAUAAGGUGUGGUUCAUUAAUUACCCGAAAAUGAUAUUUUCACUGCUAAAUUUUGACAACUUUUUCUUAUCACAUGAGGUAUUAUUUUUUAAGUGAUUUUAAAAUAUUAAGAAUGAGAAAAUGGAAAAAUAAAAAUCACUUAGGAGAUGUCACCUAAAGUUAUAAAAAGUUGUCAAAAUUUAGUCAAAAAAUUAUUUUCCU